GAUGGACCAAAUGCAUAAUAUAUAGGAAAAUGUACCAUUAACGAAUUUUCAACUGUGGAUACAUGUCUAUCCUUACCAUACAGAAACAAAUGCUAUUAAUAAGCCAAUUAUGUUAUAUUAUAAAGCAGUUUUUUUUUUUUUUUUUGUGGCUUUACACAUACCUUAAUUGCAAUAACUCCUCUUGCCCUGGUAGGAGGUCUGAAGUUCAAAUGCUCUCCCACAAAUUAUUAACUAUUACUGAUUCUUUGGAGACGCACUUACUUUCUUUUGAAGCUGUAAAGCAACUGCUAAGGCUGGAUGCUGAGAAUCCAGAUUCACAUCGCUGCUUGAUUAAAUUUUUCCAUAAAUUGGGCUCAAUGCCUGCUCCAUUAACUGAUGCUGAAAAACUUGUUUGGAGUGUCUUAGAAGCUGAGCGUCCAUCCAUCAGUCAAUUGCAGGAGAAAACUCUUAGUGAGGCGAACAAAGUUUUCCUUGGUAAACAUGAAGAAUCUUUGAUGCAUAUAGUGGUAGUUGCAGAAAUGUUAUAUACCUUGGAGCACACCAAGAAACUUGAGGCUGUUAAGUUAAUUGAAGAUUCAUGCAAUAAAGUCAUGCCAAUGAAUGGGGCACUCGGACCAGUACUGGCGUGAAAACUCAAGGACUGU